AUGCCAUAUCCUCUAGGCAGGGGUGCUGGAGCGCUGCGUGCGGUGGCGGCUGCGCUCCUGGCCCUCGCCGCUGUCGCGCGAGUCGUCCACGGGCAAGACCCGCAACAGCAGCAGUUCGCCCUCGGGCUGCUGAACGGCGACCCCACGACGUGUCAGGUCUUUCUCCAGCAGUUCGGCAUUGCUCAGCUCGCGGCCCCGGCGGCGGCGAUCCCUGCGGCGACUUUGAUACAGAACGAUCCCCUGGCAAGAGUCCAGCUCUGGCGGAACGCGACGUUCGCGGGCGUCCGGUUCAUCGUAUCUGGGAACUACCACGUCCCGGGGGCGCGCGUGGGCAGCCAGGUGAGGGCCUCGGUGGAGCAGUUCGAGCAAGAGCUCCAGGCGACGUACCCGCACUGCGAUGCGACGUGCCAAGCGCGCCAGCGGCAGGGGCUGCAGGCGCUCUACGCCGCGACGAACGGGCCCAGCUGGAACAACGAGAACAUGCGGCGGAUUUGGGCGUCAGACCUCCACCACUGCUGCUGGCCCGGGGUGACGUGCUGCGCGGCGGGGCACGGCAUGCCGAGCGUCGUGUUCGACAGCAACGGCGCGCCGACGGGCGUCACGGACACCCGCGCGCGCCUCCUCGGCUGCAUCCAGGAGGGCGGGGUCACCGCGGUGGACCUCGCGGGCGCUGCGCGGAGCCCGAGCACCAACUCGGUGCAGCGGCCGGGCGGGACCAUCCCCGCCGGCGUGUUCUCCGCGCUCCGGUCCUCCCUGGAGUACUUCAACGCGCGCACGCUCGGCAUCACGGGCGCGCUCCCGGCCGACGUCCUCUCGGCCCACUUCCUCCGUGCGCUCCACAUGGAGGAGAACGCCAUGUCCGGCGACCUCCCCGAGGCGCCCGGGGCCGGAACCGACCCGCUGCAGCCCGGCUGGGGCGGCCUCCCGUUCCUCCGCCAGAUCGUCCUGCGCGGCAACGCGUUCACGGGCGCCGUCCCGGAGACGUUCGGGACUGCCAUCAGCUUGCGCGACGUGCUCAUCACGGGCAACCGCUUCUCGUCCACGCCGCUCAAUAUGUUCCUGCUGCCCGAGCUCCGGACGUUCGACGCGAACGAUAACUCGCUGUCGACCAUCUACGAGCUCGGCGACCAGCAGGCGCGGGAGGCGGUGGCGAACGCGGACGCAAUCAAUGGAGACCCGGGCAUACCCACGCGCGUCUCGGCGCGCCCGACGACCCUCACGGUCGAGGACCUGGGCGUGCGGUACACGAUAGGGACGGGCGGCAUCGAGGCGCUGAGCUUCCGCAACAACGCCGUGUCGGCGACGGUGGACGGCGGCCUCGCGAACGCCCUGGCGGCCAUGUCCUUUCUGUCCUUCACCAAGCUCGACUUUGGGGAGAACCUCAUCACGGGGACCAUCCCGUACGGCCUGAGCCUCAACGCGCGCCUCAAGGAGCUGUACCUGGACAAGAACGACUUCUUCGGCUUCCUCCCGGACCCCGUGACCAAGUGGAACCUCGAGGCCUUCCACCUGACGGGCAACACGCGCAUGACCGGCACCUUCCCGCUCAGCGUCGCGGACGUCGUCACCCUCCGCGACCUCCGCUUCGGGGGCACGAACAUCUUCGGGCCGCUGCCCGAGGCCAUGGGCGAGCUCGCCGCGCUGCAAUACCUCGACCUCACGGACUCCCUCGUGACGCACGACCCGCAAAUGCGCAACUCGCGCGGGGAGCCCCUGCCCGAGUUCCUGCGGUUCGGACCCGACUCGGACUCGCGCCUCGUGCGCACGCCCGUCGACACGCCCCUGAAUGUCGCCAUCGUCCCCGUGUCGCCCCGCGGACGGCGGCUGGGGGGCGUGGUGGCUGCGCUCGAGCGCCGCCUGCAGGGCGGGCGCCGGGGUCUGAGCGACGAGCUCACGCAGAAUCUGAUUUGCCCGCAGAUCCAGUACGCGGGCCAGUCGCAGUUCACGGUGACGGUGGUGAUGGACCCCCUGUUCCACCACUUCGAGGGGUGCGAGUGCCCCGAGGGGUUCGACUACACGAUGGUGGACCUGGCGUUCGCGGCCGCCCUCAACGCGCGGUUCGGCUUCGCCGCCGACGCCGGCGCCGCGCAGUGGCCCCCGGCACAGCAACCCAACACGCCGGCGGCGGACGACUGGCUCCGCGCGCACCGGCCGUCGAAGGUCCCGGUGUGCGUGCGCUCGGAGGGCUCGUGGGCGACGCCCGUGGCGAUCGUGCUCAUCUGCAUCGCCGCGGCCGUGGUGCUGCUGCUCGUGGUGUGCGCGAUCGUGGCGCUGGUGCUGCGGAAGCAGAUCGCGGUGUCCAUGCUCGAGCGCCGCAAGCGCGCGGGCCCCCCGACGGCCGGACGCGAGGUCACGCUGGUCCUGACGGACGUGGCGGACUCCACGGGCCUGUGGGAGGAGUUCCCGGAGGACAUGGCGGAGGCCAACGCGCUGCACGACGCGAUCCUGCGCAAGCACCUCUCGCGCUGGCACGGGUACGAGAUCACGACGGAGGGCGAUUCGUUCCUGCUCGCGUUCCACGAGCCCGCGGACGCGAUCGGGUGGUGCAUCACGGUGCAGCAGGACCUCAUGACGGCGGACUGGCCAAGCAGCGUCGAGACGCGCGUCGCGAAGAGCGCGUCGCAGAUCAAGAUCACGGCCGGGCGCGCGUCGCGCGGCGAGAUCGACCACGCGGCGUCGGGCCACAGCGGGUCGGCCGCGCACGCCCCGGAGCUCUCGGCCGGUGGCGUCACGGAGGAGAUGGCCGCGGAGGUCGUUGAGGACCGCGCGGGGCCGCACCUGUUCCGCGGGCUGCUCGUGCGCAUGUCGAUGGCGACGGGCGUGGCCAAGUCGACGUCGGUGCACCGCGUGACGCGGCGCGUGGAGUACCGCGGCGAGUGCAUGUCGAUGGUGAACGACAUCCAGGAGAUGACGCACGGCGGGCAGAUCCUGGCGUGCGAGCGCACGAUGGAGGUGGUCACGCGCGGCCCGCUCAAGCAGCUCGGGGCGCAGAUCGCCGCUCUCAAGCCCGCCAAGGCGCUGCUGUCCUACCUGGAGGGCCUGACGCAGGCCCGGGGUCCGCGGGUGCACUGGGGCAAGUCGUCGAACGGCGUGCAGAGCAGCGCGGGCCGGCGGCCAUCGCACGGCGGCGACGGCCUCGUCGACGGCCCCGUCGGCUCGCACGUCUCGGCAACUGCGUCCUCGCGCAAGACGAGCUUUGACCGCGGGACGCGCCCGUCCCUCGGCGGCGUCGGCCGCGAGAUGUCGACCGCGUCGCUCGCCCUCGAGGACAGCGGCGCGUUCAACGACUCGACGCGCGCGUUCAUGGGCAACGGCCGCGUGCCGCCGCAGCAGAAGCCGUCGCGCGUCGAGAGCGACCUCAUGGUCGUCGACAUGGGCGAAAUCGUCCCGGAGGGCGGCACGGGCGCCGCAGACACCAUCCACGUGUACCAGCUCCUCGUGCCGCACCUCGAGGAGCGCGCGCGCUUCCUCCCGCCGCCCCAGGGGAGGGCCGUCGGCGCGGGGUACUUCGACGCCCCGGGCGCCGCGGCGCCCAUCCUCCCGCACAUGAGCCGGUGCCAGCACCACGACGUGUACUCCAAGUGCCCGCAGUGCAAGCGCUUCACCAAGCAGCUCCCGGACGUGGUCAUUGUCUUCUGCGCGCCCUGCAAGAUCAGCGAGCUCAGCUCCGAGGCCCCCAGCGCCACGCGGCACGCCGUGCGGAUCUACAAGGCGGCCGUCCGGCGCUCCCUGCAGGAGUUCGGCGGCUACGAGUGCCAGGAGCUCGACGCGACCUUCAUGCUGGCCUUCUACGACAUGCGAAGCGCGAUGAUGUGGAGCAUCGCGCUCCAGGAGGUCCUCCCGAAGCUUCCGUGGCCCUCGCGCCUCCUGGAGACGUCGCACGCGCGCCAGCGGUUCAUGCCCGGCGGCGGGAUGAUCCCUGGGGGCCUGCGGGUGCGCAUCGGGAUCCACGAGGGCCGCCCGCUGCGCGUGGUCCCGCACACCGCCACGGGCCGCGCGGACUACUUCGGCCCGCUCGUCAACCGCGCGGCGCGCAUGUGCUUCGCCGCCGCGCAGCCCGGGCAGGUCGUGGCGGACAUUGCGCAGAUUGUGGCGGGCAUUUCGGCCAUGGUUGGCAACGGGGGGAAGGGCGGCACGGGCGAGGUGCGCGGCGCACUCAGCGCCAACGGGCUCCUGAGCGCCAGGGCCUUCUCGUCGCUGGACGGGCCGGCCGCCCCCUUCGAAAUCGACCCGGUGCGGGUCGAGGGCGUGGACUUGGUGGCGGACGACGAGGUCGCGCGGCUGUGCGGCGACGGCCCGCUCAACGUGCUCCGGGGCGUGCCGAGGAAGCUCAACCUGCACGCCCUGGACGAGCUGGACAAGGGGGAGGGCCGGGACGUUCUGGGGGAGCUGCGGCAGCCGCCGUCGAGCGUGCACUCGCGCGGGGCCCGCAACUCCCGGAUCAGCGGCGGCAGCGGGGCCGGGAGCGCGCGCGGGGUGCAGUUCCUGACGGCCGGCGACAGCGGCAUUCGGCCGAUGACCCUCGAAUCGAAGCACGAGGGCGGGCAGUGGGUGUUCGCCCCCACCCGGGCCACCAUCAAGCUCGACCACAUCGGACGGUACCGCCUCAAGGGCGUGCAGGGGGAGUUCGAGCUGGGCUGCCUGCGCGUCUCCGAGAUGGCCCCGCCCGAGGGCGCGGUGGGCCGCAAGGGCACGCUGCUCGCGCCGCCUGCCGGGCUGAUGCUCUCCGUGGACGUCACCAUGCCAAUGCCCCUGCACGUGGGCCGCGUCGUCGGCAGCGCGCUGCACCGCGGUUCGAUGAGCAGCGUGAGCACGCAGCACGCCGUCGGUCCGAAGCAGCAACGCGUCCGGCUGAGCACGUACGGGGCUCGGAACGGACACAGCAACUACCAGGACACUUGA